AUGAGUGGAGUCCCAGGAGACCUGGAAAUGGACUCAUUGGCCUUUGAGGAUGUGGCUGUAAACUUCACCCUGGAUGAGUGGGUUUUACUGGAUUCCUCACAGAGGAAACUCUACAGAGAUGUGAUGCGGGAAAACUUCAGGAAUGUAGUCUCAGUAGAAGCAAAACAGGAAGACCAUGACAUUGAAGAUCAGGACAAAAACCAGGAGAGAAAAUUACGAAAUCCCAAAGCAGAGAGACACUCUGAAAAGAGAGACAUUAAUUCCUCUGAAGAAAGCUUCAACCUUAUUCCAACUCCCAAUGUGAAGAGAACUCGUGAUAUAAAACCAUGGGAAUGCAGAGCGUGUGGGAAAGUCUUCAUGUAUCAUUCUUCCCUUACUAGACACAUGAAAUGUCACAUUGAAAACAGAUCAGGAGAUCGCCGAAAGUACCGUGAGAAGGUAUAUAAAUGUAAAGAAUGUGGAAUAGCAUUCAUUUUUCCUAGUGCUCUGAAGACCCAUGAAAGGAGUCACACAGGAGAGAAACCCUAUGAAUGUAAGGAAUGUGGCAAAGCCUUCACGUGGCACACAACUUUUCGAAAACACAUGGGAACACACACUGGAGACUUACCUUACAAGUGUCAGAAAUGUGAGAAAGCAUUCAUUUAUCCCAGUCACCUACGAAUGCAUGAAAGCACUCAUAAAGGACAUAAACCUUACAAAUGUACAGAAUGUGGGAAAACCUUUGAAAGUCCUGAAACUAUUGAAAUACAUGAGAGGAUUCACAGGGGAGAGAAACCUUAUGAAUGUAAGCAGUGUGGUAAAGCUUUCAAACGUUUGAGUUCUUUUAAAGUACAUGAAAGGAGUCACACUGGAGAGAAACCAUAUCAAUGUGACCAGUGUGGUAAAUGGUACCGCUCUCUUCGAAAGCAUGAGGCAAUCCACACUCGAGAAAAACCCUAUGAGUGUAAGGAGUGUGGGAAAGCCUACAGAUUAAAUGAAAGCCUCCAACAACACGUGAUAAUACACGCUGGAGAUGGCCCUUAUAAAUGUAAGGAAUGUGAAAGAGCAUUCAGUAAUUCCAGUUCUCUUGAAACACAUGAAAGGAGUCACAUUGGAGAGAAACCCUAUGAAAAGAAAUCCUAUCAAUGUAAACAAUGUGGAAAAGCCUUUAAAAGUCCUAAAAUAUUGAUUUCUGCAAGCUCUCUUCAAAAGCAUGAAAGAAUCCACACUGGAGAAAAACCCUAUGAGUGUAAGGAAUGUGGAAAAUCCUACAUAUUUAACUAUUACUUCCAGAAACACAUGAUAACACAUACUGGAGAUGGUCCUUAUAAAUGUAAAGAAUGUGAGAAAGCCUUCAUUAAUGCCAGUUCUCUUAAAAUACAUCAGAAAAGUCACAUUGGAGAGAAACCAUAUCAAUGUCAUCAAUGUGGUAAAAGUUAUAGAUAUCAAUCAUAUAUAAAUAAACAUUUAAGAACCCAUACUUUAGAGACAUCCAGUGAAGAGAAACCCUAUCAAUGUAAGCACUGUGGAAAAGUCUUUAAAAGUCCUGCAAGUGUUCCAGUACAUGAAAGAAUUCACACAGGAGAGAAACCCUAUGAAUGUAACCACCCUUAUAAAUGUAAGGAAUGUGAGAAAGCAUUCAUUCAUUUCAGUUCUCUUAAAAUACAUGAAAGGAGUCACACUGGAGAGAAACCCUAUAAAUGUUUACAAUGUGGAAAAGUUUUUCAAUAUCAAAACUCCUUCCAAGAACACCAAAGAACCCACACUGGAGAGAAACCUUAUGAAUGUAAAGAAUGUGGGAAAGCCUUCAUUUGUGCCAGUUACAUUCGAAGACAUGAAAGGACACAUACUGAAGAAAAGCCCUAUGAAUGUAAAAAAUGUGGUAAGGCCUUCAGUUGUUCAAGUUCCUUUCGAAAACAUGAGAGAACUCAUACUGGAGAGAAACCGUGUGAAUGUAAGCAAUGUGGUAAAGCCUUCAGUUAUUCUAGAUCCUUUCAAAGUCAUGAAAGGAGACACAGUGGAGAAAAGCCCUAUACAUGUAAAAAUUGUGAUAAAACUUUCGCUUGUCCAAAUCCCUGCGGAAAACAUGAGAGGACUCAUUCUGGACAGAAACCCUAUGUAUGUAAGGAACGUGAGAAAGUCUUCAGUAUCCCAGCUUCCUUUAAAAACAUGAAAGGAGUCAUACUGGGGAGAAAUCCUAUCACUGUAAACAAUGUGGUAAAGCCAUCACUUAUUUCAGUUCCCUUUGAAGUCAUGAAAGAACUCAUAGUGGAAAGAAACCCUAUGAAUGAAAGGAAUGUGGGAAAGCCUUCAUUUUUCCCUCAAAAUUUCAUUUACACGUGA